AAGGAGCUCAGGACUGCAGCCCUGCUUAGCGAGAGGCAUUAAAUGGCUAGUUCUCAUUGUUUUCUGGUGAGGGUCCAUCUAAGGGUUAAAGUGCGGGAAUCUCGACUCCUAGAGGAGGAAAUCGGAAGGAAGGAAGGGAAAAGGGAAACCACUGCCUCCUUCCGUCGCCCUCCCUCUCUCCGCAAAACGGGCUGGGUUGCAUGGCCUCCCGCGGGCUUCUCCCCCUGUGAGAUCCGCAAGUGAUGGGUGUGAGAACAAGAAUGAGGGAAAGACUCACUGUGAAUUGCUUGGAGGUACCAGAUGGGAAAAGAGCGAAGAGCAGAGAAUAAAAAUGGAAGCGAAAGAAUGGUUCUUCUGCUUCUCAGCCUGGUGAGGUUAUAAUAAUCCAAGAACAAAUGGAGAGAGGAAGUGAGAAAAGUCUGUAUCCUGUGAGUAGGAAAAGCUUCAGAUCUGCACCAAGCUUUAUUCCUCAAUGGGAAAUGCACACUGGAGAGAAACCAUAUGUAUGCAUGGAGUGCGGAAAGGGCUUCAGCCGAGCUAUGUACCUCAAAUCACAUCAAAGAAUCCACACUGGAGGGAAACCGUAUACAUGCAUGGAGUGUGGAAAAAGCUUCAGUCAGAAUGGGCAACUUACAGUCCAUCAAAGAACCCACACUGGAGAGAAACCAUAUACAUGCAUGGAGUGUGGAAAAAGCUUCAGUCAGAAUGGGCAACUUACCAUCCAUCAAAGAACCCACACUGGAGAGAAACCAUAUACAUGCUUGGAGUGUGGAAAAAGCUUUAGUAGGAGUGGAUACCUUACAGUCCAUCAAAGAACCCACACUGGAGAGAAACCAUAUGUAUGCAUGGAGUGUGGAAAGAGCUUUAAUAUAAGUAGCGACGUUACUGUCCAUGAAAGAACCCACACUGGAGAGAAACCAUAUAAUUGCUUUGAGUGUGGAAAAAGUUUCAGUAUGAGUAGAAGUCUUACUCUACAUCAAAGAAUCCACACAGGAGAGAAACCAUAUGUAUGCAUGGAGUGUGGAAAGAGCUUCAGUAUGAGUGGCCAUCUUACUGUACAUCAAAGAACGCACACUGGAGAGAAACCAUAUACAUGCAUGGAGUGUGGAAAAAGCUUCAGUCAGAGUGGACAACUUACUGUCCAUCAAAGAACCCACACUGGAGAGCAACCAUAUGUAUGCAUGGAGUGUGGAAAGAGGUUUAGUGUGCCUAGCCAUCUUAGUGUGCAUCAAAGAACCCACACUGGAGAAAAACCAUAUAAAUGCUUGGUGUGUGGAAAGAGCUUCAGUCAGAGUGGAUACCUUACCAUACAUCAAAGAACUCACACUGGAGAGAAGCCACUUGAAAGCUUGGAAUGUGGAAAGAGCUUCAGUGAGAGCAGAGACCUUACCAGACAUCAGAGAACCCACACUGGAGACAAACCAUAUGUAUGCAUAGAAUGUGGAAAGAGCUUCAGUAGGAGUAGCUGUCUUAGUAGGCAUCAAAGAACCCACACUGGAGAGAAACCAUAUAAUUGCUUUGAGUGUGGAAAAAGUUUCAGUACUAGUGGAAGUCUUACUCUACAUCAAAGAAUCCACUCAGGAGAGAAACCAUAUAAUUGCUUCGAAUGUGGAAAAAGUUUCAGUACGAGUGGAAGUCUUACUCUACAUCAAAGAAUCCACACAGGAGAGAAACCAUAUAAUUGCUUCGAAUGUGGAAAAAGUUUCAGUAUGAGUGGAAGUCUUAUUCUACAUCAAAGAAUCCACACAGGAGAGAAACCAUAUGUAUGCAUGGAAUGUGGAAAGAGCUUCAGUAUGAGUGGCAAUCUUACUGUACAUCAAAGAACCCACACAGGAGAGAAACCAUAUGUAUGCAUGGAAUGUGGAAAAAGUUUCAGUACGAGUGGAAGUCUUACUCUACAUCAAAGAAUCCACACUGGAGAGAAACCAUAUAAAUGCUUGGAGUGUGGAAAGAGCUUCAGUAGGAGUGGAUACCUUACAGUCCAUCAGAGAACCCACACUGGAGAUAAGCCACAUGAAUGCUUGGAUGUGGAAAGAGCUUCAGAGUAGAGAGCUUACCAUACAUCAAAGAACCCACACUGGAGAAAAACCAUAUAAAUGCUUGGUGUGUGGAAAGAGCUUCAGUCAGAGUGGAUAUGUUACCAUACAUCAAAGAACCCACACUGGAGAGAAACCAUAUGUAUGCAUGGAGUGUGGAAAGAGCUAUAAUUUGAGUAGCCAUCUUAGUAGGCAUCAAAGAACUCGCACUGGAUAAAAACUAUAUAAAUGCUUAUUGUGUGGAAAGAGCUUCAGUCAGAGUGGAUACCUUACCAUACAUCAAACAACCCACACUGGAGAGAAGCCACAUGAAUUCUUGGGAUGUGGAAAGAGCUUCAGAGGAAGCACAUCUCUUACAAAGCAUAAAAGAGUUCAUACUAGAGAGAGACCCUUUAAAUGCUUUGAAUGCGGAAAGAGCUUCAGUCAGAAUGUAAGCCUUUCUAAACAUCAGAUGACUCAUAGGGGAGAAACCAUAUAAAUGCUUGGUGUGUGGAUAGUGGUUCAGUGAUGGUUGAAAUCUUACUAAACACCAAGGAACCCACACUAGAGAUAAACCAUAUAAAUGUUUGUAGUAUGAAAAGAGCUUCAGUAUGAGCAGAUCAUUUACCAUCCAUCCAUGAGUACCACUGGGCUUGCAGGUGAGCCUGGUGGCCUCCAAGCUGUUAACCCACUAAACUACCCCUGCCCUAAAACCAGGUUUGCGGAUUGAGCGCUCCGCAAACCUGGUUUAUUUUUAAAUCGUGUGUUGCCGUGGUGUGGCUUAAAAGCAGCCUCCUGGCUCGGGGGGUCUCUCCAGCAUGCCCUGCGCCUGCCACGCGGCCUCCAAUCCUCCCAGCCCCUGCCAGCUCCGUAACGGAGCUGGCAGUUGUGUGGGCGGCCGCUUCAGCCACCCAGAGCAGACUGCCUGCUCAUGUGCAGAGCAGACUGCCUGCUUGUGUGCCUACUUAUGGCACAUUGCACACUUUUGCAGACUGCCUACUUGUGGCUUAGCCCGCUCUCCCCACUAAUCCUCCCCAGGUGGCUCCCACUGACCCUGGGAACCGCCUCAUAGUGUACUACUGUCUCGGUGCUAAAAAUGUAUUCAAGGUGCUGUUGUAUCUCACUUUUGUCCUCACGCCAUCCCUGUGAGGUAGGCUUGGCUCAGAGAGAGGAGAUUGCCUCACAGUGGCAUACAACUCCAUCGCAGAGAAGCUGAAUGAGUUCUUUGCAUCUGUCUUCACAGCAGAGGAUACUGACCAUAUACCCUCUCUAGCUUUUCAGGUUUAGCGGCUGAGGAACUGGGCCAUUUGAACAUCCCCAGUAUAUAUCUUUAAAAAUUGCUAAUAAAAAGAACAAUUUUUAAAGAUAUAUAUUGGGGAUAUUCAAACAGCAGUCAUUUACUGCUGAGGAAUCCAUUUGGGCUCCACCACCAGUCUAGAGAACAGAGGGCUAUGAGUAGAAACGGGAGCACUUGUUCUGAAAUCUAAAAUAUCCUCAUACAGUAUGCACACACAUGUGGAGUGGGUGGGUGCACAUAGGGGCACCACCAAUACUUCUGAGCCCAGUACGCAGUAUGUGGAUUAGCACACCAACUACAAUCUCUUGCUAAUAAAAAGAACCACCUAUAUCGGGCAGCAGCUAUUGGGAAUUCUCUCUGGUAGGAGAAACCCUUUUUCAUUAUAGCAGAGUGCACAGAGGCACAACACAGCAGAAUUUAGUUAGGCAUGCAUGUAUGCUGAAAGUAAAGCAACUUGGAGCCAGUUCAUAGUUUCAAAUCAAUAUAAGCGGUAUUUAUUAGAGAACUCCAUUCUAGAUAGGAAAGUGAGGCGGAAGAAUCUCUAAUCUCUCUAUCUAGCUGGAUGCAGAUGGAUUCUGCAUCUCUGCACAUAUGGUGCAGGGGAGAGCAGCUUGCAUGUUGCAAGGUAGAAGGAAGGGAAGAGAAGAGGAAGGAAGAGGCUGGAAGGAAGGAAGUGUCCCUGAGAGUAGCAAUCUACAUUCCAAAGGGAUAGUGUCAGAGCAGUAGAGAAGGGAUGACCAAUGUCUUGACCCUCUAGCCCUCCAACUCACUAGUCUGUCCUCCUGUGUCAUUGAGAAAAGAAAAGCAUCAUCUCAAACUGUGGAGGAGGAGGCAAUGGUACACCCCUCCUGUAUUCUACCAAAGACAAUCACUGGGCUCUGUGGUCACCAGGAGUCAAAACCAACUCGAUGGCACACAUUACCUUCAAUAAAAAUGACAGAAGUGAUACACAA